AUGGUACACGAUAAAUCACAUAGACCACAUCAUCACAAGUCAAGUAAACAUUCGAGUAAAUAUGCAAGUAAACAUUCUAUUGCAGAAAGUGGAAAAAGAAUAGGAAAUUACCAUUCAGAAAAAAAAUCGAGAGAUAAAUAUGAGCAUAGUAUUCGUACCAGCCAUAAAGAACAUCAUAGAGAGCAUCACAGAGAGCAUCAUAGAGAACAUCAUAGUAAACAUACUAACAUAAAUAAUGACAACAACAAUAAUAAGAAGAAUGAAGAACCUACUGGACUUUUAUGGAAUUGCAUGAAAUCAUUAUAUUCUUCUGUUUCAUCUGUCGUCAAAAAUAAAAUAUUUACUAGUGAUGGUAUAGGAGAUAAUACCUCAAGACAUGAUAGAAAUUCAAUUUCAGAUAAACACAGAUUAAUAGAUAAAAAAUUAAAAAAAUAUAGAGAAAAAGAUUUAAAUCGAAGUAAAUAUUCACAUAGUGUAAUAAGUAAUGAUAAAUAUUCUGUAGAUACUUAUCAUAAAAAUGAGUCAAUAAUUUCAGCUAAAAUUAAAGAACAUUAUAAAAAAAAACUUGAAAAAUAUAUUGAAAAAAAUGCAGACAAAUAUAGUGAGAAAAAUCUAGAUAAAUACAGUGAAAAAAAUGCAGACAAAUACAGUGAAAAAAAUCUAGACAAAUACAGUGAAAAAAAUGCAGACAAAUACAGUGAAAAAAAUCUAGACAAGUAUAAAGAUCGUGAUGGGGAAAGUAUCUCUCAAAAGAGAAAAACAAAAAAUGAUUUUACAUACGAUUUUUCAGAAAAUGAUAUUAAAAACUUAUUUAUGUCAAGUAAUGAUUUGAUAGAUUAUCCUUAUCAUCAAUCUAUCGAAAACAAUUUAACAAAAAUCGAUGAAAAUAAUAAUCUAUCAUUUAAAAAUAAUAUAAACGAUGCAGUACAUAAAGGUCUAGAUAUAGUUGCUAAAUAUGCUGAUUCAAAAUCAACAAUUAGUAAUCACAAUAUUCUUAAAGAAAAUAAUUUAAUCUUCUCUACAACAAACAAUGUAGUUGAAAAUUUGCAACUGCAUAGUCCCGAUUUAAAAAAUAAAAAUAUUUUAAAUGAACAAACAGAAAGCAAACAAAAUGAUAUUCAUAUGCCCACUGUGAAAGAAGAAAAGAUGGAUAACAUAUCUAUAAAUAACAAAUUUGAAAAUAAAAGUGUUAAUAAUUUAUAUGAUUCUACUAUUACUCCUAAAGCGAACUUCCACCACACCCCUUUUGAAACGUCGCAAAUCCAUGAACAAAAUGAAAAUGUAAAAAUUAACAAAACCGAAAAGGAGGAAGAACAUAAAAUAAAAAUAGAUAUUAACAAAGAUAGUCAUUCUGAAAAGGCAAGCAUUAUUACAGGUGCACAAAGUGUCGAGACAAAUACUAUGCAUGACCUUUUGACAGAACAUAGAAUAAGAAAUAAGGACAUGGAUUAUUCAAAAACUAAAAUUAACAUUAUUGGAGAAAAAGAAAAAGAAGAUAAAUAUGAAAAAGAAACAAAUAAAAGCGUGAAAAGUUAUUUAGCUGAACAAAUGAGUACUAUCACUCUUACUGAAAAAGAAAAAACAAUUAAAGAGUCACAAAAAGGGGACGAAAAAAAAAGUAUUGGUACUAAUAAAAAUUAUAAUCAAUCAGCCUUUUUAGAUUCACUUUUUUAUUCUAAACAAAAUAUAGACGACGAUGUAAUACUAUUAUCUGACAUCAAAUCAAGUAAUUCUAUAAUCGAUGAAAAAAUAGAUUAUCAAAAAGAGGAACAAUUUGAAAAGAGAUUUGAUAAUAAUAAAAAUGAAUCUUCUUUAAUGAGCAAACAAAAUGAUAACCUUAGAGAACAACCUGUUAGUAAUUAUAUAAAAAAUAACGAGUAUAUGAAACAAAUGAGAAAUCAAUAUAAAACAUUAAUGAGAGUUAUAGAUACAUAUAUAGACGACAAUAUAAAUGGAGAAGGUUUAAAUAAUUCAUUUAUUAAUCAAAAUAAAAAUGAAAAAAAUACACUAAAUAAUGAAAAGGUUGAAGAAGGAACCAUAACAAAUAAUUCCUUUAAUGAAUAUAAUGAUACCAUAAAAAUUGUUGAUGAUAUUAAUUUAGGGAAUGAUGAUAAAUAUGUAAUAUUAAAAUAUGAUGAAGAUUCACUUAUUGAAGCAUUAGAAAAAUUACGUAUUGAUAAACAGAAAGAAUCUGAAAAAAAAAAUAAAAAAGAAAAUAAAUAUGAAAAAAUAAAUAAAAUUGAUAAAAAUAUAUUUUUUAAAUGUAGAAAAAGAAAUUAUUAUGAUGAAGCUAUUUUAAUAUUAAAUAAAAAAAGUGAUAAUAAUGUUUUGAUUGAAAAAUUUAAUGUCCCACUUAUGUAUUCACAAAUUAAAUGUCUUAUUGACUCACGUUGGUUAAAUGAUGAAAUUAUUAAUUUUUAUCUUAGCAUGUUACAAGAAUAUAAUGAAGCGGGUAUAAAAAGUGGAGUAACAUAUCUACCCAAAAUGUUUACAUUUAGUACGUUUUUUUUUCAAUCUUUAAAUUUUAAUGGUUCAUAUAAUUAUAGUAAAGUAGCUCGAUGGACAAAAAGAAAAAAAAUUGAUAUCUUAGAAUAUGAUCUAAUACUUAUACCUUUGCAUGUUGGUGGAAAUCAUUGGACUUUAGGUGCUAUCAAUAUAAAAGAUAAACACAUUAAAUUAUAUGAUUCUUUAAAUAUGCCAAAUAGAAAAUUCUUUGAAUAUAUGAAACGUUACAUUGUUGAUGAAGUUAAAGACAAAAAACAAAUCAACAUAGACAUAUCUCCAUGGACAUACAAUCCUAGCGGAUUACCAGAGGAAGGAAUACCAUGUCAGGAAAAUGGAUAUGACUGUGGAGUUUUCACAUGCAUGUUUGCAAAAUGUUUAACUUUCAACAGAGACUUUGAUUUUAGCCAAAGUGACAUCAAAGAAAUCCGACUAAAAAUGGUUUAUGAAAUAUCUCAGGGACAUCUCGUGUUUUAG